CUCCUUCCUUCUAUAAAUACGAAACUCGAAUUCCUCGUUUUUGCGCUCUAGAACAUCUGCAAUCAUGGAGAACGAUGGCGCGCCUGAGAAAUCGUCGGUGCUGAACUGUAUCGAUCUCACAAGCUCCGAUAUUCAACACUCUGUUUCUUCGCUCAAACAGGCAUGUUUGGAUUGUGGAUUUUUCUAUGUUGUAAAUCACGGGAUUAGUCAAGAAUUUAUGGACGAGGUUUUCGUCCAGAGCAGGAAGUUUUUCGAAUUGGGCUUGGAAGAGAAAAUGAAGGUUUUGAGGAACCACAAGCAUCGUGGGUAUACUCCGACCCUUGACGAGAUUUUGGAUCCUGACAAUCAAGUCCAUGUAGGAGAUUACAAGGAAGGGUAUUACAUUGGUAUUGAAAAGCCUGAAGGUGAUCCUGAAGCAGACAAGCCAUUUUAUGGGCCUAAUGUAUGGCCUGCAGCUGAUCUUUUGUCUGGAUGGAGGCAAACUAUGGAGAGAUAUCAUGGAGAAGCUUUGGAAGUUGCUAGAAAAGUUGCGAGGAUCAUAGCUCUUGCACUUGAUUUGGAUGUCGAUUUUUUUGAUAAGGCAGAAAUGCUUGGUAACCCUAUUUCGAUCAUGCGCUUAUUGCACUAUGAAGGUAAAGUUUCGGAUCCUGCAAAGGGAUUGUAUGGAGCUGGAGCUCAUUCUGACUAUGGUUUGAUUACCCUAUUGGUUACGGAUGACAUAUAUGGCCUUCAAAUAUGCAAGAAUAAGGAUGCUAAGCCUCAGGUAUGGGAGUAUGUGGCACCUUUAAAAGGAUCGUUUAUAGUGAAUCUUGGUGACAUGCUGGAGCGUUGGAGCAAUGGAAUUUUUAAGUCCACAUUGCACAGAGUUCUAGGAAAUGGUCAAGAGAGAUAUUCUAUUGCGUACUUUGUAGAACCAAGUCAUGAUUGUCUUGUCGAGUGCUUACCAACCUGCAAAUCAGAAGAAAAUCCUGCCAAGUUUCCUCCAAUCAAGUGUGGAGCUUAUUUGAGCCAGCGUUAUACGGACACUCAUGCUGAUCUGAAUGUAUACAACCAAAGCCAAACCUGAGAUUGUUGCACGAACAACUCGUGUUUUCAGGUUAUUUGUUAGGAAAAAGUCUUACAUGGUUUCUCUCUACUCAUUCUAAAUUGCGCUGGCUUGUGUUAGGUAAAGCAUCAAUCCUUGAGAAGUUGUAUCACACACUACACAGUCCAGGUUGUGUACGUUGUGUAGUAAUCAAGUGAAUAAUAUUGACCGGCAAUACGUAUGAACCAAGCAUGGCAAUUUGCCUGUGUCUUAUGUACUCCCAGAAUUCUUCUGUAACAAUGCUUUUGUUUUGGUCUGAAUAAGAGAUUGAACAAUGCUUCUAUAGA